GUCCUGUCGUCCUGUCUGCUUAUUGAAGGGUGGGCGUUAUCUAUUCUACCCUUGUUUCCUCCAGUCCGUCUGCUGAAGCACACGAUCUUUUCCUUCUAAAAAAUGGAGCAGUCAACCCUCGACUUGCCCGGAACAGCGACGGGGACCAUGGUGGUCACAGAGCCGCUGAACUUCUGGGGGGGACAGAGGGUGAAGCCCCGGCAGCAGGCUAACGCAGAGCCGGUGUUCGAACCAGCCACUGGCCGUGUCCUGUGCCAGAUGUUCCCCUGUGGAUCAGAGGAGGUGGACGAGGCCAUUAAGAGCGCUCACUCUGCCUACCUGAAGUGGAGCAAGAUGGCGGGCAUGGAGAGGGCUCGGAUCAUGUUGGAGGCCGCCCGCAUCAUCAGAGAAAAAAGGGAUAAGAUUGCAAAACUGGAAGUGAUCAACAAUGGGAAGUCCAUCACUGAGGCUGUGGUGGAUAUUGACAUUGCCUGGCAGUGCAUCGAGUACUACGCUGGCAUGGCUGGUACUCUUGCAGGCCAACACGUCCAGCUUCCUGGUGGAGCGUUCGCCUACACCAGGAGGGAGGCCCUCGGUGUGUGUGUGGGAAUCGGAGCCUUUAAUUACCCCUUCCAGAUCGCAGCAUGGAAGUCCGCUCCUGCUCUGGCAUGUGGUAAUGCCAUGGUGUUUAAGCCCUCUCCAAUGACUCCUGUGACUGCGGUCCUCCUGGCUGAGAUUUACAAAGAGGCGGGCGUUCCUGAAGGGCUCUUCUGUGUGGUACAGGGCGGAGCAGACACCGGCUCCUUGCUCUGCAAUCACCCCGGCGUCGCCAAGGUGUCGUUCACUGGCAGUGUGCCAACAGGCAAGAAGGUCAUGGAGAUGUCUGCAAAGAGUGUGAAGCAUGUGACUCUGGAGCUCGGGGGCAAAUCUCCCCUCCUCAUCUUCAAAGACUGUGAGCUGGAGAACGCAGUGAAGGGAGCACUCAUGGCAAACUUCCUGACACAGGGACAGGUGUGCUGCAAUGGGACCAGAGUGUAUGUGCAGAGGGAGAUCAUGCCCCAGUUCCUGGAAGAAGUGGUGAAGAGGACCAAGGUCAUCCCUGUGGGUGACCCCCUGCUGGAUGACACCCGCAUGGGAGCGCUGAUCAGCAAGCCCCAGCUGGACAAAGUGCUGGCAUAUGUCAACCAGGCCAAGAAAGAGGGAGCCAGAGUGCUCUGUGGAGGAGACCCUUUUGUCCCCAGUGACCCUAAAUUGAAAGGGGGUUACUUCAUGUCACCCUGCGUUCUUGAUAACUGCAGAGAUGAAAUGACCUGUGUGAAGGAGGAGAUCUUUGGCCCAGUCAUGUCUGUGCUGCCUUUCGACACAGAGGAGGAAGUGAUCAAGAGGGCCAACAACAGCCCCUUUGGAUUGGCCUCUGGAGUCUUCACCAGGGACAUCUCUCGAGCCCAUCGUGUGGCUGAGAACCUGCAAGCAGGGACCUGCUUCAUCAACAACUACAACAUCAGCCCUGUGGAGGUGCCUUUCGGAGGGUACAAGAUGUCAGGCUUCGGCAGAGAGAACGGCCAGGUGACCAUCGAGUACUACUCCCAGCUGAAGACUGUGGUUGUGGAAAUGGGCGACGUGGACAGUCUCUUCUAGAACUCACCAACUGUACGCUGCUGAUGCAGAACUGUCAUCAAAUAAUUCUGGCUUCAGUCAUGUGCUAUGCAACACACAUGAGAGCACUUUCUUUGCACUAUGUAUGCUUUGUACUUUUGGAGGGGCAGAUUUGUUUCAAAUGCCCAUGUAAGAAGUGAAUACUUUACUAUCUCUAGGCAACCAGUGGACCUACUUUUCUAUGAACCAAAUAAAUAAACACAUGCCUAUAUGUCAAACUAACUGCUUAAUAAAAAACGCCUGCAGGCUUUUUUACUUUUCAUAAAAGA